AUGCGUCGAUUAGGCCAGGUAUUGUCAGUAAAUGUAGCUGGCAAAGUGCUGAUGAAGUCCUUUCUAUCUGGCAUGCCUGAAUGCAAAUUUGGGAUUAAUGAUAAGAUUACGCUACAACAGUCGAGCUCCCGAAGUCAGUAUGAUGAUCCCACUAAACCAGCUCGCACAAUGGUCGCUAUAGAUGACAUUCAAUUCCAUCAAUGUGUUCGAUUAGGCAAAUUUGAAAGUGAUCGAGCAAUUUCCUUUAUUCCUCCGGAUGGGACGUGUGAAUUAAUAAAAUAUCGCACUACUCAAGACAUAAAACUUCCUUUUCGAAUCAUUCCUUUGGUAAAAGAGGUCGGCAAGUCGAAACUGGAAAUCAAAGUUGUUCUCAAGGCUGAGUACAAACAAAAUCUUGUCGGGCAAAAGAUCGAGGUUCGAAUUCCAACACCGCCGAAUACGUGUGGCGCAAAUCUGUUAUGUAUGAAAGGAAAGGCGAAAUACAAAGCCGGUGAGAAUGCCAUAGUUUGGAAGAUUAAGCGCUUAGCGGGCGGAAAAGAAGUCCAAAUAUCUGCUGAAGUCGAUAUUCUCACUAUUGGAGUGCAGGCUCUGAAGCGAUGGGACAGACCACCAGUUAGCGUUAAUUUUGAAGUACCUUUUGCUCCAAGCGGUUUCAAGGUUCGGUAUCUGAAAGUAUUCGAAUCGAAACUGAACUAUUCCGAUCAUGAUGUCAUCAAGUGGGUUCGUUAUAUGGGAAGAUCUGGUUUAUACGAAACGCGAUGCUGA